AUGCGUCUUUUCACCACCAUGAGCCAAUUGUCACCGACCAUGCGAUUCACGCGCGCAUACUCGAGCCUGAGCGGUGCCAUCCCGCCUGCCAAGGCCAAGUAUGUACCUUCCUCCGGCACCUAUCCCAAGGGCUUCCAGGCAUCCGGCGUCUUUGUCGGCGUCAAGCCGGGCAACACGAGCAAGCCCGACCUGGCCCUCGUAACCUCCGACCGGCCAUGUGCCGCCGCCGCUGUCUUCACCAAGAACAAGUUCCAGGCCGCGCCCGUCAGCUUCAGCCGCAAGCUACUCCAGAGCAAGGCCAAUGCCGGCCUGCGCAGCAUCAUUGUCAACUCGGGCAACGCCAAUGCCGUCACCGGUAUCGGAGGACUUGAGGAUGCGGCCAAUAUGGCCCAGACGACGGAUCAGCGUGUCGGAGCAGAGGACUCGACGAUUGUCAUGAGUACUGGUGUGAUUGGACAGAGACUUCCUAUCCAGAAGAUUGUAGACCACAUCCCCGUCGCCUGUCACCAGGCCGGCGAUUCGCACAAGCACUGGCUCAGCUGCGCCAAGGCCAUAUGCACAACAGAUACCUUUCCCAAGCUCAUGUCCCGUACCUUUGAGCUUCCCUCUUCACCUGGUGUCGAGUACCGCAUUGCCGGCAUGACCAAGGGCGCCGGUAUGCUGGCUCCCAACAUGGCCACGCUGCUCACUAUCCUCGCCACCGACGCCCCCGUCGCGCCGGCGAUCAUGACUCCUCUGCUGCGCCACGCCGUCGACCGCUCCUUCAACUCCAUCACCGUCGACGGUGACACGUCGACCAACGACACCGUCGCCCUGCUGGCCAAUGGCGCGGCGGGCGGCACCGAGGUCGCCUCGGAGCAGUCUCGCGACUACGACGCUUUCCGCAACGUGCUGACCGACUUUUCCGCCGACCUCGCCAAGUACAUUGUCCGCGACGGCGAGGGCGCCACAAAGUUUGUGACGAUCCGCGUCGUGGAUGCCGCUACCGAAGACGGCGCCCGCCAGGUCGCGCGCUCCAUUGCCCUCUCGCCCCUCGUCAAGACGGCCCUCUACGGAAAAGACGCCAACUGGGGCCGCAUUCUCUGCGCUGCUGGCUACGCGCUCAUCACACCGCCGACGCAUGCGCCCACGGAAGCCGAGGACAUCAGCCCGGAGAAGACGAAUGUGUCCUUCAUCCCGACGGACGGCUCUGCGGAACUGAAGCUGCUGGUGAAUGGCGAGCCGGAGCAGGUGGACGAGGCCCGCGCCAGUGAGAUUCUGGAAAUGGAAGACUUGGAGAUUCUGGUCAGACUGGGUACAGGAGACAAGAGCACGACACAUUGGACUUGCGAUUUCAGUCACGACUACGUCACAAUCAAUGGUGACUACCGCACGUAA